CCUCUGCCUCUGCUCCGCUCGUCCUCUGAGGUAGCAGGAACCCAGCUGCCAUCCAGACAGCGAGACCCUCAGAAGGCAGACGGGCUCCCUGUCCCUUGCCGCAGAGCUCCGGAGCAGCGUCUGCUCCUUGCCCGGGUCCACAGGUUUAAAAUGGAACUCAGGUGCUGUGCCCCUAAGAUGCCAGCUAGGAAGGUCUGAAUCACGGGGAAGGACCUAGAACCUGCAGAGAGAGGAGCUGUCAACCUUGCAGACACCGAUCCGGGACACGGCCCCAGCUGCCUAGAUGGAGACCACUGUGGGGGCUCUGGGUGGGAAUACCACAGACACUUUCACCGGUUUCCUCUCCUCCCUCAACGCCUACGGAGCCCAGACUGCUUCCUUUCCAUCCACUUUCAGCUAUGGUGACUAUGACACGCCCUUGGAUGAAGAGGAGGAUGUAACCAAUUCCCGGACUUUCUUUGCUGCCAAGAUUGUCAUUGGCAUGGCUUUGGUGGGGAUCAUGCUGGUAUGUGGCAUUGGCAACUUCAUCUUUAUCACUGCCCUGGCCCGCUACAAAAAGCUUCGCAACCUCACCAACCUGCUUAUUGCCAACCUGGCCAUCUCUGACUUCCUGGUGGCCAUCGUGUGCUGCCCCUUUGAGAUGGACUACUACGUGGUGCGCCAGCUCUCCUGGGAGCACGGCCACGUCCUGUGCACCUCUGUCAGCUACCUGCGCACCGUCUCCCUCUACGUCUCCACUAACGCCCUGCUGGCCAUUGCCAUUGACCGGUAUCUGGCCAUAGUGCACCCGCUGCGGCCACGGAUGAAGUGUCAAACAGCCGCGGGCCUCAUCUUCCUGGUGUGGUCCGUGUCCAUCCUCAUCGCCAUCCCAGCCGCCUACUUCACCACCGAGACGGUGCUGGUCAUCGUGGAGAGCCAGGAGAAGAUCUUCUGCGGCCAGAUCUGGCCGGUGGACCAGCAGCUCUACUACAGGUCCUACUUCCUCUUGGUCUUCGGCCUCGAGUUCGUGUGCCCUGUAGUCGCCAUGACCCUGUGCUAUGCCAGGGUGUCCCGCGAGCUCUGGUUCAAGGCAGUGCCGGGCUUCCAGACGGAGCAGAUCCGCCGGAGGCUGCGCUGCCGUCGCCGGACGGUGCUGGGGCUUGUGUGCAUCCUGUCGGCCUACGUGCUCUGCUGGGCGCCCUUCUACGGCUUCACCAUCGUGCGCGACUUCUUCCCCUCCGUGUUUGUGAAGGAGAAGCACUACCUCACUGCCUUCUACGUGGUGGAGUGCAUCGCCAUGAGCAACAGCAUGAUCAACACCCUGUGCUUUGUGACUGUCAGGAACAACACCAGUAAGUACCUCAAGAGGAUCCUGCGGCUGCAGUGGCGGGCUUCUCCCGGCGGGAGCAAGGGCAGCGCCGACCUCGACCUCAGGACCACGGGGGUGCCCGCCACCGAGGAGGUGGACUGCAUCAGGCUGAAAUAGGCGAAAUGGUACCCCAGUGCCCGGAUGCACCCAGCAGCGAUGAACUCGGUCUUCUGCAGACGGCGGGACAAGAGACAGCCACUUCUAGUCAAGCAACUGUGGGAUUUCUGAAAUGUCACUUGUGGUCAGGGUUCCUUCAAGACGGAACUUUUGCAGAGUGGGCACCAGUGAAAAUCAUUUAGUUGACUGACAAAAUGAAGUGGAGGUUACAGCAAGGCAAUAUGGCACAGAGUGUCUGGGAGAGGAAUUCUCCGGAGAGAAGGCAGAGCCGGUUGUGUAGGACUCUCCUGUCUGUUUUUAGGGUGGAGAGCCUGAGCUACAUGUGGUGCUGACACCCCUAUCAGCACUGGCAAGCCAGGAGCAAGAGAGGUUUCCAGCUUAGCCUGUAGUUUUUCUCUACUUAUCCUGGACUCCCCACUGGGAGGGGAUUCAAAUGCAUGUGUGGAUACUUCAGGACUCACGGCCAAGUUCUGACCACCCUCACUGUGAACCUAUGGUCACCUCUUAGGCCCAGGGCUCCUCAUGCAGACGUUGGGUAGGGGGGCUUCUCUGGAGAAUGGACUUGGGGAUGACGCCACAUGGACUCUGAGCACCAGAAGAAGGGGGGUUCUGAUGGGACUUCUGAAAGCAUGUGUGCAGGUCAAAGGGUGCUGCCGUUCCCUUUCUUGGUUACCACGGCCUGGAGCACUUCCACCUCCUGAGUCCUCAGGCCUCUGUGCCUAUGGAGCUUUCCCAUCCCCACUAGCUCUCAGACAUGAGGUGUUUCAGCCCAGCCGGCCUAUUUGAUGAGCUUCCCUUGCUGGUACGAUUGGGAGAAGGAUUUCUAAGCGAAGGAUUUCUAAGCGGUUGGUGCCUGAAUCUUGGCCUGGUCACGAUUCUGGGAAUUAAGACUUGCUGCUCUCUUAAAAUGAAGGUGACCUUGGAGGCAUUACCACAUUUCUGCCCUGGAGCGCUUGCAUUUCAGUGGUGCAGCCUGGACACUCAGGAAAAAGAGGUUGGCUCCACAGUGAGGCCCAGUGACCCCACUGACUCCUCAAAGUGUCACCGCAUUUGGUAACUCCCCUCCGUAGUUUAUAAUUCUGGUCGGAGAAGACCUGAGGCCCAGCUUUGACCAUGCUGGGCACACAGAGAUAAGACUUUCUGAAGACAAAGGUAAUACUUAAGAAACUUGGUAGGAACUGUUGUGAGAUCGAAUAGGAUAUGGAAGAUACGCUUUCCACCAUUUGAAUAGUCCGACACCGCCACCGCCGUCGUCAUCACCAUCACAGCCACCACCACCGCUGCCACCACCACUACCGCCGGUGAGCUAGCAGCGGUGGGCUGUCUGGACGAAGGCAAACUUGUAUACAUAUCUUGCUUGUAUAUCUAUCAGUCUCAACCCAUUGCUCAAUGUUCCUCAUGUGAGUUAUUUUUUAUGCUUCUUGACAGUGCACCCUGCCAUCACAGCAUGUUGAUACAAACAAGACCAUGGCGGGUACACCAAGGAGGGUGUACGUGUACGUGGUCUGCAGUCAGGGGAAGGUAAACAGCAGGUUUUGUAGCCUCUAGAUCAGAACAUCCUUGUUAUCGGGUAGAACAGCUUCCCACACAUGCUCCUCAUAGGCCACCAUCCCACACAGAUUCCCCGCCAGCGUGAGCAACAUCUCUCAGCCUGCUUUUAUUCUCAUGAGCAUGCAGAGCCACAGAGGCGCCGUGUCCUUUCCUCAGACUUCAUGAUAAGACAGGGCACUAAUGAGGCUGAGCGACACCUGUGUGGGCUUUCUCUCCAAAUACAGGCAAUUCUCUUUUUGACCACAAAGUUUUAUUUUUUAAUAGUCUAUUUUCCCCAGAAAACACAUUUCAAAUAUCCAUUUAUUUAUUCUUAUUCAGUACCCACCUUACUUUAAAUCAGAAUUCUUUCAGAGGGUAAAACUUCAUUAAAGUACAAAUUCAAACCAAACACAGAGGGGAAAAAAACCUAUUUUUUUAUUUUAAACUUUAUUACAAAAAAAAUUGCAAACAAACAAAAAGAAGAACGAAAGAAGAGGAAACCAUGUACCAAAUUAACCAGACCCAAAGACUUGGAUGUCUUAGAAUAAAGCCACGCACUGCAUUCUGAAAUGGCUAAGCUGGUUUGAAGUGUGAGAAGUGCUUAGAUGAUCUAGCUUAUUGGGAUCUAGCUCACAGUUCUUCCGAUCAAGGCUAAGUAAGAGGUGAGUACUAAAUACUCAUUGUUGUCUUUUUAAAUUCAUGACAAGUGAACUUUCCUGCCUUUGGGCCUAAAAUGUAUCAAAGUUUCAUUCAUCUCAAUUGUCUGUAAAACUUCCAGGUAUUAGUGUUCUGCUUGUGAUUUUAUGGUGAAUGGUUGU